CUCUCAGAUCCAUCAGAUCUUGAAGUCAGCUGCUUAUUCAUAUGACCUUUGGCCUUUACGACUGUUAUUCUUGCAGAUCAUACACAGACCUGAGCAACACAGGACCUGAGUCGCCCUAUUCAAGCUGUUUAAGCUGUCCUUUCUGUAUCCCAUUUUCCAGGAGUUUAGUUUGAUGACACUUUCAGGGGUCAGGAAAUAUACCCUGUAUCACAAAUUGGCCCAGUACCGAUUUCCUGUAGACAAAUUGGCCCAUAUUUAAUCACACACAACCUUCUUACAUUAUUUAUAUACAGUCAAUUAUGUUCAUGUGUGUUAUUUCACAGUCCUAAUUCUUAACAGGGACUUGUGUCUGAGAAGAUUAGUAAUGAUGUCACUUCCUCUCUUGCAGGUGUCUUUAUGAGUGGCGGCUGGCUGUGGAGACACAGCGGCAGAUGUUACGUACUGUGGACGAACGGGUGCACACCCUGCAGUUAUACGCUUCCUUCACCACCUGGAGGAAACGCACGCUAUCCCAGCAUGCCUUGCGCAUCAACAUACAGCAGGCAAAAGCUAGACGGGAGAGGAGACUGCUGUCUGCGUCACUUAGGGCAUGGCAUCUGCAGGUUGAGGCCCAGAAGUGCCGCUCCCUCCACCUUUCAAAGAAGUACCUCUCCGUCUGGGUUCAGAAGAUGCUUGUAGCGCGCAGUACGAAACAGAGAGAGGUGAAAGGAAGUGAGCUGGAGGAGUCCAGGCUCAGUCAGAAGUAUCUGAGGAGGUGGCGGCAGCUGGUCUUGGAGCGGAGGAUCGCGAGGAGACGCGCUCAGCUCCUCUGGACGUCCUGGAGGAGCCAGGCGGCAGCUGCGGUCUUCUUCAGACACAUGUCUGCGCACAGGCUUCAGGAACGGGCGUGGCUGACCUGGAGGAAGAGGCGGAUCAGGACCGGGGUGUCCUUGACCUUCGAGGCCCAGCAGAACAGAGCACUCCUAGCCCAGGUCAGAGGCUUUCCGCCUGUGGAGGGGCCGCAUCCUUUGACCCACAUCGCGGGGGAGUGUGGCCGCUGGACUCUGACAGCCGGGCGGCGGAACGAGAAGCUGGACGGCUAGAGCGGCCAUUCCCCCAAAACCGCCCCCGGGGUCAAGUAAUGUCUCAACUGCUUUAACUCUUCAGCUGCCGGUACAUUUUGAGAAUAUUCCUGAAGAUCCCUGAGAAUUUUCAACAGAAAAAUGUCGAUAACCAAAACAUACGGCCAUAUGACAUAAAUUUGUUGUGAAUUAUUGGAAGAAAUGGGUGCUUUUGCCUCAUACAUAACUCCCUAAGCUAUAGGCUGCCAUAUAUCUUUUCAGUGUUAGCUCUUUUUGUUCUGAUUCACGUUUUUUUAAACUGGUAAUGACAUGUUUUUAGUAUUUACAUUGCUUCUGAGUGGGAUUAAAUGAUUUUAUUUGGCUCUGAA